AAAUCUGGAUCCGCGCCUGUUUUUUGCAGUGUGUUAGAUCGACAUAAAUUUUAUUAGGAUAAAUACGCCUGUUGCUCGGCGUGUAUGUGAAUAUAUGUAUAUAUGUACUUGUUAAGGACAUUUAAAUAGAUAAACUUACUCAAGGUUAACGCUUUUAUUUUUAGCGAUUUCACGACGAUUUUCAACUAUGCCGAAAGUGGUUGUCGUCGGUGCCGGCGUCGUCGGAUUGUCAACAGCAAUUCACAUACAGAAACAGCGUCCAUCAACACAAGUUACCGUUGUUGCCGAUAAAUUCGAGAAGCAGACGACAAGUCAUGGGGCUGGCGGAUUAUUUCGGCCGAAUUUAGAACAUCUCCUUGGUGUUGACCCUGACACUGUCACGAGAUGGAGCCAUGAAGGAUUUAAUUUUUAUUCAAAACUGGCAGUGUCACCGGAAGCGGCCGAGACCGGUCACAUGGUGAUGCCAGGAUAUGUCUUUAGUAAUACAGAAAUCAAGAAUCCCUUGUAUAAAAGUGUUGUGUUCAGUUUUCGUCAGUUGAGUUCCGAAGAAUUGGAGAAGUUGGCAGUAAAAUACAAAUUUGGUUAUCAAGUAACAACAGUUAUAACAGACUGCAGUAGAUUUAUGCCAUGGUUAAUGAGAAAAUUUAAAGAGCAGGGUGGUGUGGUAGAGAACAAGCAUGUUGAUAAUCUAGAAGAGUUUGUAGGUAAAUAUGAUGUGGUAGUGAACUGCUCUGGAAUACAUAGUCGUGAGCUGGUGGGAGACAGGUCUGUGUACCCUAUCCGAGGUCACCUUAUACGUCUUAAAGCACCUUGGAUUAAAUAUUGGGUGUAUACUGAGGAUUCUGCUUAUUUUAUCCCGGGUUAUGACUCACUUGCGAUAGGUGGUGUUCGACAAAAGGACAAUUAUAAUUUAGAAAUUGAUCCUAAAGACACUGCCGGCAUACUGGAGAGAUGUUAUAAGCUCUGGCCUAGUCUACAGGGCGCACCAGUUCUUUCAGAAUGGGUAGAUUUGAGACCUCACAGAGAUCCCCUAAGGCUAGAAAAGGAAACCAUGAAAUUUCCAAAGGGAUCUUUAAAUGUUGUUCACAACUAUGGACAUGGAGCGUUGGGUAUAACGUUAGCCUGGGGGACGGGGAAAGAAGCCUCACAACUUGCUGUUCAAUGUUUAUCAUCAUCUACAUCAAAAUUAUGAUUUUUAGUUUUGACAAGAAGCGACUUGUCUCAAGCUAUUUCCUCAAUUAUUUUUUUUGUUCCUUUUUAUUCAGAUUUUGUUUUUUAUUUUAUGAUUUAAAUUGUUAUUUAGAAUAUUAAGAUAAUAUAUUUAAAAGUACAAAUUUGAUCGUUAAAACUUUGUGAUUGUUUCAUUGAUGUUUGGCGGAAGCUCAAUGUUAAGCAGAAAGUUUCAUGGGACCACGCUUGAUGUAAAGUUUUAUUUUGUGUUCUAAGUCUUUGUAAAAUUACUUUGAAUAUUUGCAACUUUUUUUAUUUUAAAUGUGGCGCAAUACAGAUCAUUUUAAUGAGACUGAACAAUUGAAAUCUUUUUUAUUUACAUGCAAAAAUCAUGCUCUAUUCAAGAUCCUUUUUUGUUGCUUAUAAUUAAAGGUCCAUUAUGCCCAUACAAUGCUAAUAUUUUCAUUUAUCAAAAUGUUUAACCUAUGAUGACCAGUUACAAAAUCCGAAAAAGUGCUCAAUAAACCUCUAUAGGUAAACCAUCUACUGUUUUGCUUGAUGUUUGGAAAUUGGCGCUGAUAUUGUGAUUUAGUAUUUUGUAUAGAAGUCAAAAUACCAUUUGUUUACAUUGUGCCACCUUUAUCACAAUUUUUGUUACAUUCAGCGUUAUUUUCCUCUGGUGAUAAGCAUGUUACAUGUUCUAAGACAUUUAUGAAAAAAAACAAAUGUUUGCCUCUUCUCUGGAAGUAAAUAUGUAUUCAUUUCAAAGGCAUAAUGUGCCUUUAAUAUAAACUGUUUUUACUCUCUUUUAUCAUUCCAUGUUAUUGUAAAUUGUUUACACAGAAAUGUGCCUUUUUAAUCUUUAAAUUUUAAUUUGUUAUAUGUGUAAUUUACUUAAAGGGGAAUAAAAUGUAUCGAUAUCUUA